UCCAUUCUCUGCUAAAAACGACUGCAUGUCUUCUCUUCUUUACCUCUAUUCAACUCUUUCUUAAACUCUGCGAUUGCCUUCUUUUUUGCUCUCAUCACUCUUUCUUGCAGUUGUAGGAUAAUCAGAAUAAACAAAUAUGAAGAGUGCUGGAAGAAUGGGAAUCCAUUAUAUGCAGAAAUUGCACGCGUCAAAUGUUCCAAAAGAAUUGGUGGAAAAAGGACAGAAUCGUGUUAUAGAGGCAUCUCUUACACUUAUUCGUGAAAGAGCAAAACUUAAGGGAGAGCUUGUCCGUGCUCUUGGAGGUGCUGUAGCCUCAACGUCUCUUCUUGGAGUUCCUCUGGGACAUAACUCUUCAUUUCUCCAGGGGCCAGCAUUUGCUCCUCCUCGUAUACGAGAGGCUAUGUGGUGUGGCAGUACAAACUCUACAACUGAGGAAGGAAAAGAAUUAGAUGAUCCACGCAUCUUAACUGAUGUUGGUGAUGUGCCUGUUCAAGAGUUACGAGAUUCAGGCGUAGAUGAUGAUAGGUUGAUGAGUAUCAUAAGUGAAUCUGUCAAGCUAGUUAUGGACGAGAAUCCAUUGCGCCCCUUGGUGUUAGGGGGCGAUCACUCUAUAUCGUAUCCUGUUGUAAGAGCUGUGUCUGAAAAGCUUGGAGGACCUAUUGAUAUCCUUCACCUUGAUGCUCAUCCUGACAUUUAUCAUGCCUUUGAAGGAAACAAAUACUCACAUGCGUCAAGCUUUGCACGAAUAAUGGAGGGUGGUUAUGCUCGACGGCUUUUGCAAGUGGGAAUCAGAUCAAUUAAUAAAGAAGGCCGAGAACAAGGAAAAAGGUUCGGUGUGGAGCAAUAUGAAAUGCGAACAUAUUCCCAAGACCGAGAAUUUUUGGAGAAUCUGAAACUUGGCGAAGGUGUGAAGGGCGUGUAUAUCUCAGUGGAUGUUGACUGUAUGGAUCCAGCAUUUGCUCCUGGAGUAUCUCAUAUAGAACCAGGAGGUCUCUCUUUCCGUGAUGUUCUAAACAUACUGCAUAACCUUCAAGCUGAUGUUGUUGGUGCUGAUGUCGUUGAGUUCAACCCACAGCGUGAUACUGUUGAUGGCAUGACUGCAAUGGUUGCUGCAAAGCUGGUAAGAGAACUUACUGCCAAGAUAUCCAAGUGACCUGCAGUAAUUCUAAAUUAAUGAAGGAAGUACCAUGCAUCCUAUAGAGACCACUAGAUUUGUACUCAUCUUUACUGGGGAAGUUUAACAGAGAAUAAGCACCAAAGGAAGUGUUUAUUCACCUUAUUGUAACUCUAAAACUAAAA